AUGGCUUCGUCCGCAUCUCCCGCGUCGCCCGGCGCCGACUUUGACAACGACGAUAAACCGCGCGUCCUCGUCGAUGGACCCGGAGGUGCCGACACCAAGCAGGGCGCCAAGAUCGCGUGCCUCGAGUGUCGCUCGGCCAAGAUCAAGUGCUCGGCGCCCACCGACGGCCAGGUGCCGUGCAAGCGCUGCGUCAAGCACCAGCGCGAGUGCCUCUUUGAAAAGCACAAGCGCGGCCGAAAGCCCAACAAGCGCUUCUCGGUGCCUUCCGACCUCCGAUCCGCCCGCAACGGCGACGGCCAGUCCUACGAUUCGCCCAAUCGCCCAACCUCGUCCGGCGGCAGAUCCGACACGCAGCAUUCCCAGUCACAUCACAAGCAGCCGCCGCAGUCGCAGCACCAGUCAGCCAAUAAGAACGGUCGCGGCACUCCCGACAAGGUGCAGUCCAAACACGAUCCUGGCUUUGCCUCCGGCGAUGGCCAAUCCGGCCGACCCAGCUUCAAUGAAAAGGCAUGGAACUCGGGCGGCGGCGACUUUGGCCAGUCUGCACAGCAACGAGGCGGCUCUGCCUCCCACUAUUCCAACGACCGCUUCCACGGUAUCAACGCCGGCCUGUCGUCUUCCAUGUCGGCUCCCUCUGGCCUCGCUCAUGCUGGCAUGCCAUACUCGUACGCUCCGCAGUCGAAUCUUCACCAUCCGCCAGCCGUGCAUUCACAGUCCGGCCAGCACCACCAGCAGUCGCAUCAGCACCAUCACUAUUCCCAGCAGCACUCGCAGCAGCCGCAGCAUCACCAGCAGCCGCAGCAACCCCAGCACCACCAGCAACAGCAGUCAGCGUCAAGUUACGCUCACAGCCGACACAGCAACGAUCAUCCCAGUCCGGGGCGUUGGCGCGACCACGCUUCCCAAGCCGCCGUCUCUUCGCCCCACACUUCUCAUUCUGCAUCCUCUGCCUCGGUCAAGCAGCAGCACGAUCCCUACCUCCACAGUCGCUCUCGGCCCUAUCCGCACAACGCACCCGCACCCAGCCACAACUAUGCGCACUGGGACAGCCAGCUCGGCUCCGAGAGAAGUCACAAAUCCAGGCUCGAUCUGUCUCCCUCGAGGCGUCCGGAUGCCCCGGCCAAUCCAGGCCAAUCGCAGCAAAAGCCCUAUGGCUCGAACAACGAGCGCAGCAGCUCGCAGACGCUCUCGUCCAGCUCCAAGGGUCGCACCCAGCGUCGCGACGGUCCGUCUUCGCACCACCACCGUUCUUCCAGCCGCAGCAAUGCCUACGACCCGGACGCCGACGAGGAGUACGAAGACGAGCAGGACGAGCUCGAGGACGACGCAGACGCCACACGCGAGGAGCACGACUAUGUCUUGUCCAACCCGCUCAAGCUCCUCGCCCAGGCCUCCGACGCAGCAGCUGCCAGGAUCGAGGGCGGCAGGGUCGAGCCGGGAAGUCGAAGCUCGCUCGCAGCCGUCGAGACCAUGGGUCUGCUCCAUCCCACUCUGCCCUCCAACCGCAUGGCUGUCAGCGCCGCCGUCAAUCUCACGGGACUCGGACGCCCGCUAUACGGGCGCAAGGACGACGACCCUUCGCGCAAUAGGUGGCCUGCCAACCGCGUUCUGCCGCCGCUGCUUCACGCGAAUCGAAGCGGAUUGUCGACGGACGAGGCUGCCAACGACGCCAGUCACCGCAGCCAGCCACCGUUCCUCAAGGACAGCAUGCGUUCCAAAUCCUUCCCCGAGGGCGAGCUGCCCAGAAUCGAUGGACCUGUCGCCAUGGACGAAUCGGACCCCAGCGUCCCAGCUGCAGGGCCGUCGGUAGCCAGCCAGCUUUCGGCGUCCAAGACCGUCUCGGCCGCUUCCUUGGGGCGCUCCAACGUGCUCACGCCGUCCACACUCGACCACGACGCAUGGGAGUACCGCGAGGGCAAGGCGCAGGCCCGUCGAGGCUAUGGAUCCGGAGCAAGCCCCGGUGGCCUCAGUGGCGAUGCUGGCACAACCUCUAGCAGUGUAUCUGGCGCCGCGGCCAACGGCCAGAAACCGGGCGGCGUUUCGGCGAUCAACGGCGCAUCGCCUGGCGAGAUCAUCGAAUCGCCUGCAGAUGAGGUGACCACUGCCAUGCUUGGCAAGCGCAAGCGCGGCCGAUCACGUGCCGCGCGCGGAGGCGGCUUGCCUAGCCGCAGACGCAGGCUCGCAGAGUGGGACACGGACGCCGAGAACGGCGACGGCCUCGACGACGAGACUGCCCCAGAGUCUGUCAAGGCCAAGCAGGUGACCAUCUCGACCGUGUCCAAGCCAAAGGAGGCCAGCGGCGUCACCUCGGGCGGCGAGGGCGAGGCAGGCGCAUCGCGCAAGGGCUACUUCAACCUCAGUCUCUUCCACAGCAAGAACGACGACACUGAGGGCUUGGACCCCGUCGAGCUCGGCCUCGUCGAGCUGCGCGAGCUCGAGCGGCUCUUCGACAUCUUCUUUGCGCGUAUCAACCCGGUGCUUGAUCUGUUUGAUCCAUUCCUGCACAGCGUCGCCUUUGUGCGCAUGCGAUCGGCCUUCCUCACCACCGUCAUCUCGAGCAUGGCUGCGCGCUUCUCGGAUACGCCGCAGGACGCCCGUCUCGCCGCAGUGCUCGAUAAGCACUGGCAGGAGAAGCUGCUGCCCAUGAUCCUGCUCGGCGGGUACAAGAGCGUCGAGAUCAGCCAGGCUUUCCUCAUCCUCACCACAUACAGCCGACCGACGAACCGGUUGGUGGACGACCGCUCCUGGCAGUACCUCGGCUUCGCCAUCCGUACCGCCACCGAGGUCGGCGUCAAUCGCAAGGUCACGCCGAGCGAGAAUCUGCUUGGCAACGAACAGGUGGCGCGGCGCGUGCGCAACCGCGAGCGGCUUUGGUACAACCUCUUCCUCUACGACCGCACGCUCAGCGCACAGACUGGCCGGCCGUGGACGAUCUCGGAGGACCGCAUGAUCGUCCAGAGCUCCAUGUGGCAUCGCCAGGACUUUGCGCUUCCCGAGGACGUGUCGCUGGUCAGCCUCAUCAAGCUGCGCCGCAUCACCGCACAGCACACCGAGGCCUUUGAUGCAUACCUGACCAGCCCCGACCGUUUCGACGAGACACAGACCGCCACCGCGCUCGGUGUUGGCGGCCAGAGCAUGUUCGAACGCCGACUUUCCGGACUCGAGUUCUUCCGCAAGAAUGCCAACGCCGACCUGGAAAAGUGGAAGGAGACGUGGUGCAUCAACACCGACGACAAGAUCAAGGAGGUCGACACGAGCACGGCGGCAGGCAAGUACCUGAUUCGCUGGGCGCCGACUGCCAAGCUGUUCUACUACCACUCGCGCCUGCUCAUCAACUCGCUCGUGCUCGGCGCGACCGAGCAGUACGAAGGCUUCCUUUCGGGCUCGGCCGUGUCGGUCGACUGCUGGACCUCGGCCAUCUCACUGAUCGACACGGUGCUCAACGAUUUCACCGAGGAAGCGCUCGUCACCUGGUCCAACGACCGCGUGGUCAUGGCGGUGUAUGCUGCCGUAUCGGCGGUGCGCAUGACCAACUUGCAGCACAAGUACGCCUUUGCGGACAAGGAAACGCUGCUGGCGCUGGUACGCCGCCUGGCUACCAGCAUGACGAACGCGGGCAAGACACCGCGCCACCGCAAUGGUUCGGCGACGCCGUAUGGAAGGUACCUCAGGUCGGUGCUGGCGGCGUUCGAGCCCGAGACUCCUGCGGUGGCAGCUGCGGGGGCCCUUGGUGCUGUUGCUGCCGCAGCGGCACAGACGCCGGGUAAGGACAGCGAGCAGGCCACGUCGAUCACCACAAGUAGCCUUGCACCCGGCGACAGCCGCUCGGCCGGCGCAAGCCCGCCAGCGACGGCUGCUCAUGCGGUGUCGCGAACCGCCGAAACGGGCGAGGCGAAGCCUCCUGCGGCAAGCGGCACGCUGGGCGGCGAGAAUGGGGAUUCCAAGCUUGCGUCCGACAGCGGCAAAGCUGGCGACUCGAAACACGAAGAUGCAGCUGCUGGAGACAAGGUGGUGCCGAGCCAAGGAGUGCUCGGCAGCAACGAGGCUUUGGGUGGAGGUGUUGGGGCAGCUCCGGCCGUGACUGCGGGUGUAAGCGAGACAGCGACGGGCAAGGCGGUUGCAGCGCUGCCGCUGAUUGUGACUGGCGAUGCGGGGGUGAAUGGCGAGCUCGACAUGGCUGCGCCACUCGCCAACGCGGCGGUGGAUGCACAGAGCAUGGAAAAGCUGCUCGGAGGACUGCCCAUGGAUGCCUCGACGGCUACGACGCCUCUUCUUGCCGAACCGAUGGCGUCGGUGGCGUGGCCGUCGACGAGCAAUGCGGCGGUGACAUCGGGCGGCGCUGGGCCGGAACUGCUCACGGGUGCGGGCAUGCUGCUCUCGACGCCGAUCGCCGCUGGCGCUGUGUCGCAAGCGGGCGGCGUGUCGUCCGACGCGAUGGCGGCGGCUGCAGCAGCGGCGGCGUCCAUCCCGAACGUGGUCGACGAUCCGGAAUCGCUGGAGCGCAUGUGGAACUACAUGACUGCGUUUGACAACUCGUCGUUCUGGCAGCCGCAGUCGUCGUGGAACCUCAGCGGCGCUGCGGGCAAUACGGGUCAACAUCACAACCACUGA